AUGGUCGGCGUAAAACGUCCGGUCGAUGCCGGGGACGAGCGCAAUGGGAAACGGACCAAGACCAAGACGGCGCCCGUGACGACGAAGAAGGCCAAGUCCGCGCCGGCGAAGAAAUCUGCGCCCGAGAAGAGCUCGAAGAAAGAUGCGAAGGUCGGAAAGAAGGAUAAGAAGUCGUCGAAGAAGAAGGUAGAGAAGGAGGAGUCGGAGGACGAGGACGACGACUUCGACAUUGACGAUGUUUCGGAUUCGGAGAUUGGCGACGACGACGACGAAGAUGAGGACAUUGAGAUGGGUGGCGCGAGUGACCAGGAGGAGGAAUAUGGCGAGGAGGAGGGAGUAGAGCAGACGUCCAAGGCUGCGGCUGUGUCCGCGAAGCCUGAGCCUGUGAAGAAUAGCAAUGCCUCCCGUGAAGCACAUGCGAAGCAAAAGGUCCUUCUACAAGAGCGGAGAGCCGCAAAGCCUAAUGCCGACAUCAUUGCCCGUUCGAAGCAGCUGUGGGAGCGUCUGCGGCGCAAGUCCCACGUCCCCCUCGAAGAACGCAAGAAACUCAUUGCCGAGCUGUUUGAGAUCAUUACGGGGCGUGUGAAGGAUUUCGUCUUCAAGCACGAUUCUGUCCGCGUUGUCCAGACUGCUUUGAAAUAUGCGAACCUCGAGCAGCGGAAGCAGAUUGCGCAAGAACUCAAGGGUUCCUACAAAGAGCUGGCGCAAAGCCGAUAUGCCAAGUUCUUGAUUGGCAAGUUGAUCGUGCAUGGUGAUGCUGAGGUGCGGGACCUGAUCAUCCCGGAGUUCUACGGACAUGUCAAGCGGCUCAUUCGGCACCCCGAAGGAUCGUGGAUUCUGGAUGAUGUCUAUCGGAUGGUCGCGACCAAGGAGCAAAAGGCAACGCUUCUUCGGGAAUGGUAUGGCCCGGAGUUUGCGAUCUUCAAGGAGGAGAAGGGCCCCGCUGAGCUCUCGGAGAUCCUCGAGAAGAACCCGGAAAAGAGAACACCUAUCAUGCACUUCCUGCAUGAGAUGAUUAACCAGCUGGUGCAGAAGCAGUCGACAGGAUUUACGAUGCUGCACGAUGCUAUGCUCCAGUACUUCCUCAACACGAAACCCGGUAGCUCGGAGGCUACGGAGUUCCUCGAGUUGCUUAAGGGCGACGAGGAAGGAGAUCUUCUCAAGAAUCUGGCGUUCACCAAGUCUGGUUCGAGAGUCAUGUGCCUGGCGCUGGCUUACGCCAAUGCCAAAGACCGGAAGCUGCUUACCAGAUCCUACCGGGACACCGUCAAGAUGAUGGCUGGUGACCUCCACGGCCACAUGGUCCUCCUGAGCGCCUACGAAGUCAUCGAUGACACCAAACUCACAGCGAAGAUGAUCUUUCCCGAGCUUCUCAACCAGAGCCUCGGCGAAGAGGCGCGCAACGAAGAGUUACUCUACCAGAUCAACGACCUCACCGCACGGAUACCCAUUCUCUUCCCCUUUGCUGGAGACCGCGUCAAAUGGCUCCUCCCAGACGUCGACCAAGAAGUGUUAAAGGAGAUCCGCGAGGUACGGAAGGAGACCUCGAAGAAGGAGCCCGCGGUUCGACGCCAGGAGCUGGUCAAGGCCGCCUCCCCCACCCUGCUGAGCUUGAUCGCCGCGCGCGCCGAAACCCUCCUGGAGACCAGCUUCGGAUGCCAGUUCCUCGCGGAGGUCCUGUUCGACGCGGACGGUGACAAGACCGCGGCGCUCUCCGCGGUCGCCGAGGCCGCCAAGGCCAAGUCCGACAUGCAGGAUUCGCCUUUCUUCGGCCGCCUUCUCAAGUCCCUGGUCCAGGGCGGCCGGUUCAACGCGGCCGAGAAGGUAGUGGAGAAGGUGCAGCCGGCUUUGAACUUCCACGCGCUGCUGUACGAUCAGAUCAAGGACGAGAUCAUGUCAUGGGCUACGGGACCCAACACCUUCGUGGUGGUUGCACUGGCCGAGUCGGACGACUUCGCGAAGAAGGAUGAGCUGCUCAAGACCCUGAAGAAGGGCAAGAAGGCGCUGGAGAAAGCGGCUGCAGAGGCCAGCAAGGACGGGAAGAAGAAGGCCGGACCAACCAGCAGUGGCGCGAAGUUGCUCCUGGAGAAGAUUCGAUGA